AUUCCAAAGAUGACAGUUUUAUUGUUGCUUGUACUAUGUUCUACAGUGGCUGCGUACUCUGAUGAAUGGGAUAUUUUUACGUACACUCAGGAGUGGCCUGUGGCCGUUUGCAUAAAGGGCAAGGAAGAGCAUCACACCUGUUCCAUUCCACAAGGUGUGCAAGGCUGGGGUAUUCAUGGAAUGUGGCCCACUAAGACUGGAACAGAGGGACCGACAAGCUGUGGAACCCAACCUUUCAAUACGGAUGCCAUUUCGGUGCUCUUGCCGCAUUUGAAGAUUUUGUGGCCAAACAUGUACUCGGACACCUCUGAAUACAGUUUCUGGGAACACGAAUGGAGUAAACAUGGGACUUGCGCCAGCUCACUCAACGUAACUUCUACGGAAUAUAGAUAUUUUUCUAAAGCACUGGAUCUUUAUACUCGUUUUAACGGACAAACAUUACUGGGCAACCAAGGAAUUGUACCGAGUCACACCGCAACAUAUAAUAUAAAGCCAACAGAAGCCGCUUUGAAGCGAGAACUGGGGGUAAACGCGUUGGUUCAAUGUGCAUAUGACCACGAUACAAAGAGGCAAGUCAUUUACGAAAUAGAGAUUUGUUUGAGCAAGACCUUUGAGCCCGUGGACUGUUACCCAGAUUCAGAAAAUACCUCUGGAAAGAGGAGUCAUCAUCACCAUAAAUAUACCAGCCAUCCAGAAAGUUCAUGUCCGGAAAGUUACGGAUUUUACUACCCACCUAUUGACGGGGUGUACAGCAACAAAAAUACACUUUAAUGAUUACCGAUGAUAAAUUCUUGUAUAAAUAA